AUGGCGGCAAGAACCCCUUGCGCCGCAGCCCUCACAUAUCUCGAAGCCAACGCGGUGAAACCAUCCAGCAAACACCUGUCACCCGACAGUGUCCCGUUCUACAUACCCACACGGGCCGUCUGGGCCUUGCUCGAGGACAAGACGAAGUCCGUGACGCUCAAGGCGAUCUUUCUCUGCCCGUGCAGCGCAUGCGUGCAGGACGGCGGCUCAGUGAGCGACCGCAAGACGGCAUUCAACGGACCGCGCGUGCAAACCUUACAGACCGACUAUGCGCUAAUCUACGCACUGCUGAUCUACAUCCGCCGCCCUGGCCUGAUUCGCAAGUUCCAAAAACACGGUCGGAGGCUGCAGAGCACGGAGUAUCUGACUGAUGCGAGUUUCGACGUGUUCCGCGCGGAGAAUGUGAGUCGCCUCGAUGUACUGCGUAGGCAGGUUGUGGAUUAUCAAUACUGUUUCCUCGUAAGGACGCUCAGGCCGGCGUACGAUAUCACUGUCAUCUCGCCCAGAGAGCUUCUUCCGAUCAGAGAGGAUCCGGAGCCGCGGGGAGUGGGUGUAUUUGCGGAAGUUCGGUGCUUCGAGUUCCAGGACGAUGAGUAUCGAAGCCGGCAGUUCGGACAAAUCACAAGAUUUGCCCGCAAGAUCUUCAAGCCAGAAGAGCUCAGAUUCGCAGUCAAAGAAUGGAACAGCCUGCAGACCCUCUCCCGAGAAGAGCAGCACGCGCACCUCAUGCUAGCGCUGGGUGCAUACCAACACGGUCCGCAGUUUUUCAUUCUGAUGGAAGAAGCCGACCACACCCUAGCAGACUAUCUAAAGGGCACAGGCGCCAAGUACGAGUCCCGCGAGCUGUGGAAGCAGAUGCUCGGCGUCACCGACGGGCUGGCCUCACUCCACAACUUCCGCCGCGGGACCCAGAUCGGGUAUCACCGCGACAUGAAGCCCGCCAACAUUCUGAUCGUACGCCGGGUCUUCAAGAUUGCCGACUUCGGACUCCUCGAGUUCGAGCCUGUGGCGUCGUCGACGGGUGCAAGCGGCGUCGUCCACAAUUACAAUACCGGCUACUAUGCGCCGCCGCGCCAGCGUCGAUACACCCGCGACGGGGACAUCUGGUCGCUGGGCUGCAUCAUCUCUGAGAUGGCAAAUGUCGACAUCCUCGGGCGCAGCGAGUACGACAAGUACCGCAGCGCUCGCAUCGGAGGGAAACACAUGCCGAGCUUCUUCCUCGAACAAACGGUGAAAGACGCCGUGCUGGAUAGACACACCCUGCUCCAGAACAGCGUGCAGUCCGGGACACGGUUGCGGGGUGGAGCAGCGACGGUGCGCUUCCAGCAGCGGUUCUACACCCGAGACUUCUUCGCGCUCCUGAAUGCCAUGUUCAGAGUCCCUAGCAAGACGCCCGUUCCGGAUGCGAGAACGGUUGCGCGAACGAUCGAUGCGUUGCACAGAGCAGCCGUCCCGUCUGAGCGCGAAGACCAGGUCCUAAGGGAGACGGGGAACAGAAGCAACCAGAUGAGCUCGACUUUGGCGGAUCGAUUCCGGAGGAAGUAA